ACCUAGUACCUUGUAUAAGAAGGAUACUAUGCUUGUGGUAUCUUGUAAUAACUAUGGACCACUAUCAAGUAGCCAUGCAAGAAGCGGAAAUGCGUAAAGGUCCCGGGCUUGAGGAGGAAGAUGAAAGAUUAAUUGCUGCUGUAUCUAUCCUAGGAGAACGACGAUGGGAUUCUUUAGCAAAAGCAUCAGGGUUAAGGAGGAGUGGAAAGAGCUGCAGGUUGCGAUGGAUGAACUACCUCCGUCCCAAUCUAAAACACGGCCAUAUUACUGAAGAAGAGGAGCAUCUCAUUAUCCAACUUCAUAAACAAUGGGGUAACAGGUGGUCAAGGAUUGCUCGUAGUUUGCCUGGAAGAACUGAUAACGAAAUAAAGAAUUAUUGGAGGACUCAUCUAAGAAAGAAAGCAUUAAUUCUGGAACAAGAAAGCUCCGCGUCCAACAGUCGACAGAGUGUUACUACAACUGCUAGUACUGCUGCUACCACAAAUAAUUCCGAGCAAAACUCUCCGCUUGGAAUAUGUGAAGCCUUCAGUUCAUUGCAUUCGAACAAUGGAGACUGGGAUUCUGAGAAGGACGAUUAUAAUCUGAGGACUUGUGGUGACCUUUCUGGCGAGGUUGAGAAGCUAUCCAGCUUGGGAUUAGCCUAUUCACCUUAUGCAACGAGAUUAACAGACUGGACGUCAAACUGGCCUAAUUUGGAAAAUUGUGGUGACGAGUAUUCUUCUAGUGGAUAUGAUGAUGAGACUAAUUUGUGGGAUAGUUCACUCUUCAUUUGGAACAUGCACUAGUUAGUUCUCAAGGGCAUUAAUUUG